AUGGAGCCUCUCCGCGUGACGUAUCGGACGACACUAGACGGAGAGCUGCGCGCGUUCAUGACAACGCAGCUGAUCAAGUACUUGCUUUUCAUACGUGGCCAGAUCCCAUGCCUUUAUGACGAACUGCAGCGGUUCAUUGAGAAUUAUCAGCUGCAACAGCAUACACAGGUGGAAAUACCGAGGCGGAGAAGGUUGCCCAUGAGUAGAGGCAUCAAGAAAGCGGUCAAGUGUGUGGAGGCGACCGAGCUGCUCUUUGGCGUGCAAUUGGACGCAAUCUUCCCUCUGAACGUAAAGCGAGUGGCGUUGGUGUUUGGAGCGUCGAUGAUGAGUCCUCGGGAGGCUGUCGUUGUGGACUUCGACGAUACGGAAUACGAUACGGAGGAGGCUAUUGCUGCUUUGCCGCUAACAGAUCAGGAAGAUAUGUCGCUUGAGGACUCGCAAACACUGACGCCAACGUCGCCACCGAUGACGAGAGAGAAGUUGAUGCGUUUGUGUGCACAGAAACUCAUGCGCGCACUGUUCUCUCACGCAGUGGACCAUUUCUCCAGUGUGUUGUCGGCAACAAAGCUGCAUGUUGCGGUGCUAGCAGAGCGACAGUCUACACGUAUCCCCGGAUUCGUUCCCAAGCAGCACUUCAAGCUUCGACUUCCAAAGGAUAAACGUGGUGCACGGACACACUAUAUCGUGAUAUCCGAUGAUUCUGACGAUAAGCCAGAGCAAAAGGGCUUGCAAAUGCCAGACUCACCACAAGUCUCUAGUGACAGCACAAGCAACAUAAAAGAACGUCCAUUCCAGCCAUCAUCUACAACAUCAACUAGCGAUCCAGACUUGAUGUGGUAUGUGCUGGAAAAGCCCAUUCCCGGUUUUUCGGAGGUUAUCAACACGAUGGAGUGA